AUGGAUUCAUCAAGUCCGAGCUUUAGAACAAUCCUGCUCCGACCCAUCCUCGACGUCAUGAAGCGCAGCGUGGAAGGGAAAAAUGGACCCCAACACCCUCCAACUGGCAAGCAAGUACUCCAGGACAGCGAACCUUCUUUUCCAUUGACGCUGUAUGCACCCGUCUCGCCUCCUAAGGCAAUGGCUCGGAAUAAAAAGAGCCCAAACAACCGAACAACAGCAGACCUAUCCGCCAAGCAGCAGAUAUCCAACAAGAACCCAGAGCCUGAACAAGACCUCGCAGCCAUCGAAGCCGGGGAGAUCGAAGUGACAGAUUAUCUGGGAGUAUUCUCUGCUAGGCUUAGCCAGUGUGCUCGUCCCCUGGUGUCGGGGCUACCCCGGCUUCCGAUCAAAGACUGGGUCGAACUAUAUCAACGCAACCAGCAUCCCAAGGGCAGGCACUUUGUGGUUCAUCAACACGAUCAUCCCAUCGCAGGACCGCACUAUGAUCUGCGACUGCAGUUCUCGGAGACGAGUUCCGUCAGCUGGUCCAUCAUGUACGGAUUGCCUGGAGAUCCGAAUAGCCGAAGGCUGAAUAGAAACGCGACAGAGACAAGGGUGCAUUGUCUGUGGAAUCAUCUCCUCGAAACUGCUUCUGCAAGAACAGGCAGCAUGAUCAUCUGGGAUACAGGCGAAUAUGAGAUCCUGCCUUCUCAGAAGGUGCCGGAAUUGCUCGAGACGGAUGACUCUCGAUCUGAGGUCUCAGACGCCUCUAUAUCUCUUUUGGAGGAGAAAGCUGAUAGCGAAAAGCUCCGUGAGGCUUUCAAAAAUGGCAAAAUUCGCCUCCGACUCCAUGGAACCCGUCUCCCAGAGGACUACACAAUCAUCCUCCGCUUAGACAAGAACCUCCCCAGCCAAAAACCGUCCGCCACGACUCCCCGCAAGAGACGCAGAAGAACAGUCCACUCAACCCCAAAGCACGCCGAGCCGAGUACCACGUCAGAUUCUAAUUCUCCAAGCGAAGAUUCGCGACAAGCAUUUCACCGCAAAAAAGCGGAUGCGUCCCCCGCAGGCUCUCAUUCCGACUCCGAUAGCACCAUCGACCAUCAAAUCCGCUUGAAUAACGCCUAUCCAGGAGCGACGAAUACAAUCGGCUCGAUCCACCAGCGGCGGUGGUUCGCCACGUUCGACCGUACGAACUCUGGGUUUGUUGCAGAAAGUCCUGGUAAGCCGGGGAGGAAGACGUGGGUGCGGAAACGAGGUGUGCGGACGGGACGGGAGCUGGGGUCUGAUGCUUUCUAUGUCCGCGGGCCGGAUGUGGAGAGGAGUGUUGUUACGGGAAGGCUGGGCAGAGAUGUUCUGGAGGAUGAAAGCGUGGAGGGUUUUGUGUCUCGACGAGGGUGGAGGGCAGUUCUUGAAUGA